AUGACUGUUAUUCGAAACACAAGCUGGGCUCAAGAAGAAGUCGAGGAAAUCAUAGGCGCAGCGAAAAUGGGAGAAAUUGAUGCUGAAUUUGGUGGCAAUGCAAGCAUGAUGUCUAACGUGACAGUUACUGAAAACGGCGGAAAUGCGACCACGGUGCCUGAUGCGACAAUCACUGAAACGGGUGGCAGUGCAGUCGUGGUGCCUCCUACGACUUCUCCUAGUACAGUUUCUUCACCUUUUUACGUUCCGCUUUUCAUAGAGGAUAUGUCUCCAAAAUGCCCUCAGAAACAACGCUAG